AUACGUGGCGGCGCCGGGUACGUCGAGGCUGCCGCGGACUCAAGAUGGCGGCGUGUGGACGUGUACGGAGGAUGUUCCCCUUGUCCGCGGCUCUGCCGCUGCUUCUACUCGUGGCGGUCCGGGCCCAGAAGUCCCAGAACCUGGGAGCCCUCCACCAGCCUCCGGGGCUGAGCUUCAAGAACUUCGGCGAGGCCGUGGAGCCCCAGGCUCAGGUGCACGCCCAGCAGCAGCCGCAGCCGCAGGCGCCGCCGCAGCAGCCUCAGCAGCCUCAGCUGCAGCAGCAGCCGCCGCCGCAGCCCUUCGCGGCUGGAGCCGGGCCGGCCCGGCGGGGCGGCGGAGGGCCCAGCGGCGGCUGGAAGCUGGCGGAGGAGGAGACGUGUCGGGAGGACGUGACCCGGGUGUGCCCCAAGCACACCUGGAGCAACAACCUGGCCGUGCUGGAGUGUCUGCAGGAUGUGCGGGAGCCUGACAAUGAAAUUUCAUCAGACUGCAAUCAUUUGUUGUGGAAUUAUAAACUGAAUCUAACUACAGAUCCCAAAUUUGAAUCUGUGGCCAGAGAAGUCUGCAAAUCUACCAUAUCUGAAAUUAAAGAAUGUGCUGAAGAGCCAGUUGGGAAGGGCUACUUGGUCUCCUGUUUGGUGGAUCACAGGGGCAACAUUACCGAAUACCAGUGUCAUCAGUAUAUAACUAAGAUGACAGCCAUUAUCUUCAGUGAUUAUCGUCUCAUCUGUGGUUUCAUGGAUGACUGCAAAAAUGACAUCAACAUUCUGAAGUGUGGCAGCAUCCGUCUCGGAGAAAAGGAUGCCCACUCGCAAGGUGAGGUGGUGGCCUGCUUGGAGAAAGGUCUAGUAAAAGAGGCAGAAGAAAGAGACCCCCGGUUUCAAGUCUCGGAAUCUUGCAAAAAAGCCAUUCUCCGUGUGGCUGAGCUGUCCUCAGAUGAUUUCCACUUGGAUCGGCAUUUAUAUUUUGCUUGUCGAGAUGAUCGGGAACGUUUCUGUGAAAAUACACAGGCUGGUGAAGGCAGAGUAUAUAAGUGCCUCUUUAACCACAAGUUUGAAGAAUCAAUGAGUGAAAAGUGUAGGGAAGCAUUGACGACUCGACAAAAGCUGAUUGCCCAAGAUUACAAAGUCAGUUAUUCGCUGGCAAAAUCAUGUAAGAGUGAUCUGAAGAAAUAUCGAUGUAAUGUGGAAAACCUUCCCCGGUCCAGAGAAGCUAGACUUUCUUAUCUUCUGAUGUGUCUGGAAUCUGCUGUACACAGAGGUCGACAGGUUAGCAGUGAAUGCCAAGGAGAAAUGUUGGAUUACCGACGCAUGUUGAUGGAAGACUUUUCUCUGAGCCCUGAGAUUAUCUUGAGCUGUCGAGGGGAAAUUGAACAUCACUGCUCUGGAUUACACCGAAAAGGGCGGACACUACACUGUCUGAUGAAAGUUGUCCGUGGAGAAAAGGGAAAUGUUGGAAUGAAUUGCCAGCAAGCGCUUCAAACACUGAUUCAAGAAACUGACCCUGGUGCAGAUUACCGCAUUGAUCGAGCUUUGAAUGAAGCUUGUGAAUCUGUAAUACAGACGGCCUGCAAGCACAUACGAUCUGGAGACCCAAUGAUCCUCUCUUGCCUGAUGGAGCAUCUCUACACGGAGAAGAUGGUCGAGGACUGCGAACACAGGCUGCUGGAGCUACAGUAUUUUAUCUCUCGAGACUGGAAACUGGAUCCUGUUCUUUACCGCAAGUGCCAAGGAGACGCCUCUCGCCUCUGUCAUACCCACGGCUGGAACGAGACCAGUGAGCUGAUGCCCCCAGGGGCCGUGUUCUCCUGCUUGUAUAGACACGCCUACCGCACCGAGGAGCAGGGCCGGAGACUGUCUCGAGAAUGCCGAGCUGAAGUCCAGAGGAUCUUGCACCAGCGGGCCAUGGACGUGAAGCUGGACCCUGCUCUCCAGGACAAGUGCCUUAUCGACCUGGGCAAGUGGUGCAGUGAAAAAACUGAGAUGGGCCAGGAGCUUGAAUGCCUCCAGGAUCAUCUUGAUGACUUAGUUGUGGAAUGCAGAGAUAUAGUGGGCAACCUCACAGAAUUAGAGUCAGAGGACAUUCAGAUUGAAGCUUUGUUGAUGAGAGCCUGUGAGCCUAUCAUUCAGAAUUUCUGCCAUGAUGUGGCAGAUAAUCAGAUCGACUCUGGAGAUCUGAUGGAAUGUCUGAUCCAAAACAAGCACCAGAAGGAAAUGAAUGAGAAAUGUGCAAUUGGCGUCACCCACUUCCAGCUGGUCCAGAUGAAGGACUUUCGAUUCUCCUACAAAUUUAAAAUGGCUUGCAAGGAAGAUGUCUUGAAACUUUGCCCCAACAUCAAAAAAAAGGUAGACGUGGUCAUCUGCCUGAGUACCACUGUGCGCAAUGACACGCUGCAGGACGCCAAGGAGCAGAGGGUGUCCCUGAAGUGCCGCAGACAGCUACGUGUUGAGGAGCUGGAAAUGACAGAGGAUAUCCGCCUGGAGCCCGAGUUAUACGAGGCCUGCAGAAGUGACAUCAAGAACUACUGUCAGACCGUGCCCUUUGGCAAUGCCCAGAUCAUUGAGUGUCUGAAGGAGAACAAAAAGCAGCUUAGUCCUCGCUGCCACCAGAAGGUCUUUAAGUUGCAGGAGACAGAAAUGAUGGACCCAGAACUGGACUACACGCUCAUGAGAGUUUGUAAACAAAUGAUCAAGAGAUUCUGUCCAGAUGCAGAUUCAAAGAACAUGUUGCAGUGUUUGAAACAAAAUAAAAACAGCGAACUGAUGGACCCCAAAUGUAAACAAAUGAUCACCAAGCGUCAGAUUACGCAGAGCACAGAUUACCGCCUAAAUCCUGUGCUAAGGAAAGCCUGUAAAGCUGACAUUCCUAAAUUCUGCCAGAAUAUUAUCAAUAAGGCCAAGGAUGACUCUGAGUUGGAAGGUCAGGUCAUUGCCUGCCUGAAACUGAAAUAUGCUGAUCAGCGCCUUUCUCCUGAUUGUGAAGACCAGAUUGGAGUAAUAAUCCAGGAAUCUGCUCUGGAUUACAGACUCGACCCUCAGCUGCAGAUGCAUUGCUCAGAUGAGAUCUCCAGCCUGUGUGCAGAAGAAGCAGCAGCCCAGGAACAGACUGGUCAGGUAGAAGAGUGUUUGAAAGUGAACCUGCUGAAAAUCAAAACGGAAAUGUGUAAAAAGGAAGUAUUAAACAUGCUAAAAGAAAGCAAAGCAGACAUAUUUGUGGACCCAGUUCUCCAUACAGCCUGUGCCCUGGACAUAAAACAUCAUUGUGCAGCCAUCCCCCCUGGACGAGGGCGGCAAAUGUCCUGUUUAAUGGAGGCCCUGGAAGAUAAGCGGGUAAGAUUACAGCCAGAGUGCAAAAAGCGCCUCAACGAUCGCAUUGAGAUGUGGAGUUAUGCAGCCAAGGUCGCCCCUGCGGAAGGCUUCUCGGAUCUUGCCAUGCAAGUGAUGACUUCGCCCUCUAAGAACUACAUCUUGUCUGUGAUCACAGUGGGCAUCUGCAUCCUGUUCCUGAUUGGCCUGAUGUGUGGACGAAUCACCAAGCGGGUGACACGAGAGCUCAAGGACAGGUAGAGCCCCGAGUGGCCACCAAAGCAACCACCUGCCCAGUGCCCGGUUUGUACAGCGCUCUUGUAUAGUCUCCCCUUCCGCCUCCCCCUUCAGAGCGGAGCAGCAAGCACCCACAUUAGAGCAGCAGCCGUCUCCACUCCGUUGCCCCGUCUUGGAUUUCAUCCACGGCAUCCUCAUCACGAUGAGAGUCUGUGCACAACCUCAGCAGCUGGCCACCUUUGUUAUCCCCUUUGUUAGACUUUUGUUUACCUGCCUGUAGAUAAGUCUCUCAUGCCAAUGGAACUACCAACGCUCCCAGAAUCAGACUGACCUGACCUGCAGCUCAAACCAUUUUUAAGUAAAAUUUUUAAAGAGAGAAAAAAAAUUAUAUAUAUAUAUAUAUAUAAAUAUAUAUAAAACCUCCAAGCUUGAUUUGGGUAGUGGGGUUCAUACCUGGAUACAUUUCUAUUCUCUGACUGGGUAAAAAUCAAGAGAGGACUUUAGAGAGGAAUCAUGUCAUCUAACACAACUUGUUUUUUUGGAUGUCUUACUCAUCUUCUUAUAAGUGUCUUCAGCAUUUAAUCAGGAUAGUGGACACCAGUGACAGGAUUCCCCACUGGCCAUCCUGAUUCGGGUCCCAUUUAUUUCUGCUGAAACAUCAAUGCCUUCCAGCUUCCGUCCUCAAAGAGCCGCUACUGGCCAAGGUCUCAGGCUCUGAAGAGAUUCUUAAGCUUUCCAUGCAUCGAGUAAAACUGGGCCAAUGGAAACGGAACUGGGGAGAUGGAGCUUUUGUGAAGCCAGUCCAUCCAUAGAACUGCACUGAAAGGCUAUGUCCCAUGUCCCCCCGGCAGCCUUCUUCCUGCCAGCUCACAUGCCACUUAAGUUUGGAGCUGACUCUGGAAGCCGUCUGCUGCAUCUGAGACCCCGCCUGGAAUCAGAAGAGCCCUCUGGGAGCUGACUGGGGGAAGGAGGGAGGUCAUCAGAGACACUCUGACUCAUUUGGGUUUGGUUUUUUUUUUUUUUUUUUUUUUUUUUUUUUAAUAUUUAAUUAUAGGCUAGCAAAACUCGGUUUGCAAAGAUCCAUUGGAAGUCUCAGUGUGUCUCUUGUAUUCCAACAACUAAGGCAUUCUAAACCUUCUCGGAGCACAGUCCCAGCUCAGUGAUUCCCCACUUGGGCCAGAUGCAGAUUACACAUCAAAAAAGGGGAGAGUCUUUUCCAUCUUUGCCACACCAGCCCUGGAGGUGCUGGAGGAAUAGGGUGUUUUCAGGACUCGGCAUCCCUUCCUGCUUCUGAGCUGAAAAAGGAAUCUCACCCAGAGCCUGGCUCACUUGUUUUCCCUAAUUGUAAAAAGGAUUGGGGGGUGAAUGGGGGUCCAAUCCUAAAAUACCUUAAGUUGAGUAUGGGGCUUAAAGUCACAGUGGUUGCACAAGAGGGCCACAUGUACAGUAGGGAUUAUAUAUAUAUACAUACAUAUAUAUAUAUAUAUAUAUAAUAUAUAUUUUAUUAACCUGUAAGAUGUGUCCACAUAUUAUGUGCUGGAGUAUUAUAAAUGAUGUGCCUAAAACUGUCCAUAUAGGCUGAGGCUGAUUCAUAAUUAAUUUCCAUUCCUUCACCUUUUCUGGUUUCUCCCCUACGCCUUACCAAGAAUUAUCUGGUAUUUCCAUGAUAUGAUAGGGAGCAUAUAUGAUUGUGGACCAGCUGAUCUAGGUUACUCUCUGUGUAUAGACUGACAUGUAUAUGAAUACUGUGAUUUCUUUUGCUACCCUUCCAGAGUGCUAGAGAGGGUACAAAAAUAGACAUUAGGUGAAGAUACCUCUGUUCCAUCUCCUGCACACCACAGGUUGGAGGGAAAAUGGUCUUUGUUGCAAUCUUCUCUCGAACAUUGGCAAAGUGCCUCGAAUCUCAGGCCGUGGUCGUUGAGAGAGAAGGUUAUGGAGGGGUUCUGAAAUGCAGACGCUGUGCUUCCUGCCUCCCUCGGGUUGUGUGAGUUUCCAAGAGAAAUGGUUGUCCUUCAGACACAGGGAGGCUGGUGGCCCUGCCCGUUUCCCUCAGUCUUGUUUAUGAGACUAUCUUAGACUAUCUUCCAUAGUUGACUUGAGGUUUUUUCCUCCAGAUUCAUGAAACUUGAAACUCAAGGUACAUAAAUUCCCUUUUCCUUCUGACCCCCAUGAGUGAAUUGAGGUUUUUGCUGUAUGAGGACUUUAAUGGUGGAGGGAAGGGAGAAGUUUCAUGGGAAAUCGGUUGACUGGUUGAUUUUGUGUGUGUGUACGUGCGUGCAAGUGUUUUAAAGAAAAAGUAUCAAUUGAACAUUUUUUUAAAAGCAUGGAUUAAGCACAUUCACCUUCUCCCCGCUCCCCUAAGGGAAGACCCUCAUAGGGUUGCCAUCCAAGUAGAGGUGAGUAAGGGGAUGGGAGAGUGAAGAGACCAGUGCCCAGAACCCAGGGAUCAUGUGUAUAGAUCCUGGACAUCAUUUCUAGUGAUGUCUGGGGUAGGGCUGAAGGGCAGCAUCAACUUCUACCAUCUAAGGGAAUAAUUUCUCGACUGUGUUUUUCCCAGAUAGAGACUGUUGACUCCUUGUAAGGGAGGAUUCUGACAGCCCUCAGUGGAGUGUUCCCAAAGCCUUAGGACAGUUUUAAACUGAGACUUUGGACAGCUAAGUGGCACUGCACCAGACAGACCCUGGGGCCUGGAGUCAGAAAGACCCCUGAGGUCACUCCAGCCUCAGAGACUCAAGCCUGAUCCUGGACAAGUCACUUAACCCUGUCUGUUUCUUUAUCUGUAAAAUGAGUUGGAGAAGGAAAUGGCCAACCAUCCCCCCCCCCAAAAAAAAAAAAUGGGGUCAUGGGGUCAUGAGAGUGUCAGACACGGCUUAACAACCACUGCAAGACUUUUGGGAUACCCUAGUUAUCUUAAGAUUUUUUUCUAAACUUCAAAGAUUUUUUUGUUUCUUUCAAAAUGAACUGUGCUAAUUCUUGGCAUAUUAGCAGAAUUAGAAAUUAGAAAGGAAAAUUGGCUCUUGAAACUUUCAACCUUUUAAAAUUAUUGAACUAGUAAGCAAAAAUCCCUUCUCAUUGCUUAAUGAAAAUAAUUUUAGUGAUUCUUGAUCUGUUAUCAGAAGGUAUUUUGAGAGGGGCAAUAUUAGUCACAAACUGAGACCUCAGUAGUAAAUUCUGGUCAUGAUGUUCUAAGCAAAUGCCAUUUCAUUUUCCAGGCCCAGGUGUCCAGCGCCAACUUGGCCACCUGCUAGACUCAGGUGCUGUGAUUACAAAAACUACCUUUGUAACUGUCCCCAUUGAUAGAGCUGUCACUCAAGAUCUAUACUUCCUAUUUGCCGGUUUACUUACCUUAUGUCCAGCACUGAUCAACCUAGAGGGAAAAGUUUCUUGCCAUCAGUGAUAGCAUGAAGUUCAAACAGGGGCUGCUCGUUAAAUCCAAAGAUGUAACCAUCCAAAAGAAAAUUAUCCAGGCCUUUACCAAGAAAUAAUUUAACAGCUAGUUUCCAAGUUAGCAGACAUCCAGUGUUCUACAGUUGGCACCUCAUUCCCACAGCUUUCCAACUCAGAUAUCCAUCUUCCAUUUUGGACAUGUCAUUCAUUAUUCAAAAAACCAGAAACCUAAGUAAUCUGGCGGAGCUGGAGCUACACUGGGCCAGUAGUAAGAAGUUAUUUAGUAGUGUGGGCGGCCUUUAAUAAGGGGAACAGGGGAGAGCAAGUGCUGGAGUGUUCUAGCCUCUGAAAUUGCUAUCAUCCAAAGAAGAGGGUUUUAGAAAGAAGUAACAGGUAUAACAGGUAUUCUUGGUGUGACCAGGAUCUGUGUGAAUGAGAGUCAGAUCUUUUCAGAAUAGAAACUUUCUAAUAGGGUAAAAAUAUCUGGCUGUGGGACUAAUAUUUCUUCAAAAGCUGAGGCUUUGGAAGAUCUGAGGAUUUCAAAACCUGUUAUAAAGAAAGCUGUCAUCUCCUUUACCCCAAACAUGCCUUCUAGCUCUUGCCCCCACUUCCAAAGUUACCUGAUCCUUUCAGCAGACCUACAGGCCCCAAUUCUAAUUCAGAAAAUUCUUGGGAAACUGUAACUCCAGGGAAUUGACAUCGGCUGCUAGGUAGCAUUUACUUGUUACAAGUUACUUUGUUAAUCAAUAAAUAUAUUUGAAUUGAGUUUACUUCCAGAAUCUUUAACAUAUCACUUAAUCCUCAGAGAGUUGAGAAGGGAAUACUAUUAAAGAUUGAUAGACAUUUUUAGUUUUUCUUUCUUCCAAGAAAAUAAAUGCCAGGUUUCCUUUCCUCCUAGGGGAGCACAGAGAUCUGGUGUAUUUCAUCAGCCUGACAUCACCUCAUAAAAGUAUUGAUAAGUGAGUAGUUAAUAUUAGGCCCUUAGUUUGAGAAUUGCCCAUCCAGUUUCUUCAUUACAUACUGUGUUUAUUAUUGUCAGUUGGAUCAGAAUCAAGUCUUUCCUUUAUAUCACUGUGGCCUUUGAAAUAUUUUGCACCCUAGAUUUUUCCUGCUAUUGCCCAUCUACUUCAGAAAGUCUCCCUAAAGUUCUGGAGCAGAAAUUCAGGUUCCAUUAAAUUCAAAGUCUAAAUGGGGACAGGAUAGGGGUGGUUCAAUGGUAUGAUGAGUGUAGUUUCAAGAAAUGAGGAAUAUCUUCUGAAUAAACCAGAAUCAAUCCAUCCAUCCAUCCUCUGUGUGCCAACUCCUAAUGCAGUCUGUUGCCACCCUCUCAACAAGGCAAAAUUUUCUCCCUUGGCAGACCUUAGUCAUUGACUUCUGGGUCAGGGAACAUGGGAGAUCAGUCUAUCGGCUGUCUCCAGCCUUAAUAUAGAAGUGUUCCACCAACCUCAUCCACCUGGUGAAAGGGUCUAUUAAUCUAUAAAUCUAACAGUCAAUUCAUAAUACAGAAGAAUGUGGCAUUUUGAACUGUGAAUACUCUUACUUGCUUUUUCGCCCCCUUCAAACUGAGUGUAUAAAAACAGAAGUCAAAAUGGUAUAGUUGUAUGUCCCUAUUUGAAUCAGACCUAGUUUAUAAAAUGUAGCAUUCUGUUGCAUUAAAAAUUUAGUGUGGUUUUUGGUGUGGAUGUCUCCCUCUCUGAACCCCUUCUCUCCAUUUUCCAUGUGAUAUUAAUGUAUCUAACACUCUAACUUAAUUUUUUUUGGGGGGGAGGGUGAUAUAUCUCUAGAGUUGGCUAACUUUCCAGUCAUAUUCAUUCUUGGCCUUCCUCACUCCAUCUCUCCACCAUUCCUAUUCCUUCAAAAAUUGGGAAACCAUAAACCCAUACUGGUACAUCCAGGUUCCUGUGUCUUCUCCCCAUGGCACUCAGGCUCUCAAAGCUGGAACACAGGGCUGUAGAGGAAUUAGGCUGUCCAAAGUUAAUGGAUUCUUGGUGACCUACCACCCCAUUCUCUUGCUUAUCCCAUGAACAGACUACCAAAGAGAAAGACCUCCUCCGAUGCGUUGCAAAUUAUAGGAGUCUUGGUAGUAGACAGAUUUGACAACUGAAGCGGAGUUAGGGUGGUACUGUCCCAUUCAGAGGUGCCAGGGUCUCUGAAAGGGGUCUCCAUGUCAGACGGAAUGCACUCAGUGAAAUAGCAGAUGAACAGGGUAGGAUUAAGUGGGAGGGUCAGACCUGAAAGUUGGUUAGCGCCAUUACCAUGUUGUCAGCCUCUCCAAGGGCAGUGUCUCAAAUCAAUCAAAGCAUUGAAAUAAACUGGACAGCAAAUGUUGUGUGAGAUCUUAGGCCUUUUUUUUAAAAAAUAAAAAAAAAAAAGAAAAGGAAUGAAGAAAAAAGAGGGGAAAAAAGAAAUAAAAAUAAAAUAAGACUCUUUUGUAAAUUGUUUUCUGUGUAUAAAAUUCUGGCCGUUCCUUGUUUUUACAUGUUCAUGCUGUGUAAUUUUGAGAUGUUACUGAAAUUCUGAACAUAAUGUGCAUUUUUUUCUGUACAGAUGAAAUGGGAGAAUUUAAUAAAAAAAAGAGUCUGCAGGUU